GGCUGUGGAGAAAGCUUUGGUUGGAGCUUUCGUCAUCGGGCUUGCGUCAGCCUUCGUGUUUGGCCUGAGAUUGCAGGCAGAUGGUGUGAAUUUGGGUUUGCUUGUGGGUUUGUUGGAAGGCAGCCUGAUCAUCACCACCGGUUUUGCCUACGCACACCUCCUCGCAUUGCUGGUGGUGAACCUACGUCAAGCGUCUGGCUAUGAACGCUUGCUGGACGAAAAAGACCCAGAAGAGGUGGAUUACAAGGUGAAUGUCGGACUGGGAGGUUCUGCCGUUUUGGCGAUGCUGAUUUUGCAGAUCAUCUCUGGCAUCGUGGUGUGGCAGUUCUCCUAUCACCGUCUCCUGAUUGUUUCCACGGUUUUCGGCAUACUUGCUGCAGCGUUUGGUCUUGCGAAGAUCUUCCCCAAGCUUGUGAAUGGAGUUGGGCCGUGUCCCUGUUGUUCCUGCUUUUUCUGCUCCGUGAUCGUCUACAUCAUGACAGCAAUGCUUGUGGUGGUGGCUGGUUCUCUUCCAGAUGAUCCCAACUUCCUUCUUGAAAAGAGCAGUUUUUCUCCAGCGCCCAACGCAUCCCACUUUGAUGUCAAUCACCAAGCACCGGGCGUGCUUGCAGGCUUUGGAGCAUACCCAAUUUGCAACAACAUGCAGUGGGACAGCCUAAAACCUACAAAGGGCUCCCAGCUCACAGCUCUUGAUCUCCUGGUUUUUGCACAAGCAGUGUAUUUCGGGCCUCGAAAAGAUAUUCAAGAAGAACUGGACAACGCCACGUUGAACACUGAGCUCUAUCCAGUGACUAUAGAUUCCAUCCAGGAUACAGGAGAAGUUGGUCGCGUUGGCGUUUUCAGCAUGUCCAACGUGAAAACGCGUGUGAUUGCCAUCCGUGGCUCAAGUCAAGCUCCAGAUUGGACCUUCAAUUUGGACGUUUGGGGUCCUGGAGUCUUCCACAGCUUUGUGAAGACAGCGUUUCCCUUCGGCAGCUUGGUUCCCACCACCUUUGCGAAGAGGAGGCUCAGUGUGGACGUCUGUGAGCUCUUGGGAUUGGAUCCUCCGUGGGUUCGCAUCGGAAAGCAGAUCCAAGCGGCCAAAGAGCUCAGCGAGAAGGAUGGCUACAACUUGAUCCUCACUGGGCACUCCUUGGGUGGUGGUCUUGCACAAGUCCUCGGCAGUUUGGAGAGAAUCCCUACACUGGUUUGGAUGCCUGUUGGUGGUGCCUUUACCGCCUACCGCACUUUUGGCUUUGAGGUCAAUGAGCUGCCAUUGGAGAACAACAUUGUCGCAGUCGUUCCUUGGGGGGAUCUUGUCCCUGUACUGCUGGAAUCACUUGAUGCAACAACGCAGCACGUUGGUUGCACAACGUCACCUGGUGCUUGCCAUUCUUUGUCGCCGCUGCUUUGCGAACUCUACCGCAAAUGCGGUGAUCCGCGGGGCCGAAAUGUCCAGAAGACCUGCAAGAAAUUCAUCGGUCCGGAUUGGCGAGAUAUCCCUUGGAAGCGCUUCAUUUGGCACACCUUUUUUUGAGCACUGCCUUGCUGCCUGGCUAAUGCUAGACAGUUUCUUUGAGUGCCUGGCCAAAUGGCCCAGACUUGGGAAAUCGCUUGAAAAGAAACUCCACAGGUUUCUUGCACGGG